GUAGCGAGGCUCAGCUGCCUGGGACAGUCUGCUGUUCAAACAUGGAGUCCUCCGGCACUCCGUCCUGUGAACAGAGUGACAAAUCUAAGAGAUACGACCGCCAGUUGAGAUUAUGGGGAGAUCAUGGACAGUCAUCAUUAGAAUGUGGCCAUGUUUGUCUAAUUAAUGCCAGUGCAGCAGGAACAGAAUUAUUAAAAUCAUUGGUUCUGCCAGGAGUAGGAGCUGUCACCAUUGUUGAUGAUGCAAAGGUUACACCAACUGAUGUCGGCAACAACUUUUUUGUGGAUAGUGACAGCAUUGGAAGACCACGAGGAGAAGUAGCACUCCGCCUUCUUCUUGAGCUAAAUCAAGAUGUUCAUGGAACAUUUGUGGAACAACCUCUCCAGGAGAUUCUAGACAACCAACCAGAUUUCUUCACUCCAUUCACUUGUGUUGUUGUCACUUGUUUACCAGAAUGUACUUUGUUGAUGCUCUCCAAAAUUCUGUGGGAAGCACAUGUUCCAUUGGUGGUAGUUCGCAGCUAUGGCAUGAUAGGCUACAUAAGAGUGCAGAUUGAAGAACAUGCAGUAGUUGAAAGCCAUCCUGAAAGUGAGAUGCCUGACCUUCGGUUGGACAGACCCUUUUCUGCAUUGCAAAAGUAUAUGGAUAGUCUUGACCUUGAAUCCAUGGACAACAAAGAACAUUCUCAUGUACCAUACGUUGUAAUUCUUUAUAAGUAUUUGCAGCUCUGGAAUCAGCAGCAUGGAGCACCACCCAAGAAUUAUAAAGAAAGAAAAGCAUUUAUUGAGCUUUGUAAAACAGGUAUGAGAGAAAAAGAAAAUAAUGAGCCUGAAGAAAAUUUUGAAGAAGCAGUAAAGGCUGUAAACACUUCUUUAUUACCUACUUCCAUACCAUCUGGAGUACAAUCCAUCUUGAAUAAGGCAGCUUCCAUCACUCCUAGCCCUACAACUAAGCCUUUCUGGAUUAUGGCUAGAGCUCUUCAUGAGUUUGUUACUUCAGAAGGACGUGGAGCUUUACCAGUUAGAGGAACCAUACCCGAUAUGACAGCAGAUUCUGAGAAAUACAUAAAAAUUCAGAAUUUGUAUCGUGAACAAGCAGCGCAAGAUGCUGACUGGGUAUUGAGAAGAGUGCAGGAACUUAGUCAGCAGUUGGGUCCCAGAAAAAUUGUGCCAUCAUUAGACAAUGAUGUCAGAACUUUUUGCAAGAAUUCGCAUGCCUUGAGAGUUGUUAAGGGCAAGUCUAUCACUGAAGAAUACAAGGGUAGCAUCAACCUUGGUGAAAUAGGUGCACACUUGGAAAACCCUGAGAGUGAGCUGGUGUGGUAUGUGAUGCUCAGAGCUGUUGAUCAGUUUCACUCUGAGUUUCGAGCUUAUCCUGGCUUUUUUCAGGAUCAGGUGGAAACUGACAUUGUACGAUUAAAGGUUUGUGUGAAUAGGUUAUUAGCAGACUGGGGCUGUGGUCCCAUUGUCAAGGACGAUUUUAUCCACGAGAUGUGUCGGUACGGAGCAGCAGAGGUGCACUCAGUUGCUGCAUAUAUUGGUGGGUGUGCAGCCCAUGAAAUUAUAAAGAUAAUUACUGGCCAGUAUGUUCCCAUUAGCAACACACACAUCUAUAAUGCCAUAACAGCAACAUCAGAAACUUUCAUGCUGUGAUUGUUUUGUUUAUUGAAAACUAAAAAUAAUGAUUUGCAUGUACAGUAUGUUAAUAUACAAAAUUCAUGCACUAGCUUGUGCUAGUUUCCUAGUUUUCACUUGAAAAUAAAUUGAACAUCUUUAUUGUUAUUCAGUACGUAUAUAAAUGGUGGAUGAUUAAAAAUUUAAAGCAAGGGAUCAGUUUCUUUUCAUUUUUUGCAAAUUUUUGUUUUGAGUAUUAAUACAGAAGACAGUUAUUGCAUAUUAAGCAUACUGAGUUUGCUAUUUAUUUUGAUAAAUGGAAGAGAUUAACUUUUAAAGCUCUUUGGUAACCUUAUGUCCCAAGAAAGCACAAAAUUAAAUAAGUAACAUAAAAAUUUUUGGGAUCCAGUAUAGUACUUUGUUGAGAUUGUAAGAUUCUCAUUGAAUUAGUGUACAGUAUAUUUAAGUGCCUAGGUUACGUGGAGUACAGUAAUUAUUUGAUGUUGAGGUGUCUAGUAUCCAUAUAUGUCCCAUUUAAAUUCCAGUUUUACAAAAUUGUGUCCUUGCCUCUUUAUAUAUGUGAAAUUUAUAUAAGCAGUGAGAGUAUAUUAACUUUUUUCUACAAAAUUUUGUGAUUAUGUAUUGUUCUGUACUGUAACCUACAAAUGAACAUCACUCUUUUUAAUCUGCAUUGUAUCAAAGAUUCAAAUACAGUGGACCCCUGGUUAACAAACUUUUUUCAUUCCAGUAGUAUGUUCAGGUGCCAGUACUGACUGAAUUUUUUCCCAUAAGGAAUAUUGUGAAGUAGAUUAGUCCAUUUCAGACCCCCAAACAUACACGUACAAACGCACUUACAUAAAUACACUUACAUAAUUGGUCGCAUUUGGAGGUGAUCGUUAAGCGGGGGUCCACUGUAUUUCAAUGUGUUUUUUGUAAAAUAAAGGAUAUUUUAAAAAAUAUAUGAAUAUGUAUAUAUUGAAUAAAUUGAAAUCUCUUAGAAAUUAGAUACCAAAUAUUUGUCAAUGUCCUUUUUUCAUAUCAAAGGCUAUUUAUUAUUUACUGUAUAAAUAGGUGGUAUAGCAUUUGUAUAUCAAUUAAGGCACACCCUGUGUAGUUCAAUAAACCUUACCACAAUG